CAUCGGCGCUCGUCUUUAAACAUUGCCGCGCUUUACAUGCUUUUUUUCAGCAAACAAACGGCUGAAAUGAUAUGAUAAUGCAGUCUAAAUUUGUAAAAGCGUCUUGUUUAUUUUGAUCUUAAAAGUAUGACGUAAAUACGAGGUGCAUGACUAAAUGAAAGUGCCAUUACUUAUUAGCAAGUCGAAACACAACAAAACGCACUCGAACAAGUAACAAUCUUCUUUAGCGUGGACGUGUAGGGUUUAAAGAUGAAAGUUGGCAUUGUAGGUAGCGGCAUUGCCGGCCUGAGUGCUGCUUGGCUUCUCACUUUGCGAGGGAACGAGGUCCAUUUGUACGAGAAGCAGGAAUCUCUUGGACUUGGUGCACAUUCCAUCAGUGUGGGCUCUCAUGGGGACGAAGUUGAUGUUCCUAUACGAUUUUUUCACGAAUUGUUUUACCCCCAAAUGCUAUCGCUUCUCAAUUAUGUUGGAAUUGAGACCAUGGCUGCAACUUUGUCUCCAUCUAUUCAGGUGUUUGGCCAAAGCUGUCACUAUAAAUUACGCAAUCUGAAUAUUGGUGGCUAUGCCAUCCCUUAUGUGACCCCAUGGGAUUUUGUGAAAAAUGCACACACAUACUGGACCAUCUGGAGGGAUUCGUUGAGAUUCAAGAAGGCAUCCACCCACAUGCAGAAUAACCAGGAUGUGCGUUGCUCGCUGCAACACAUGUCCUUGGCACAGUAUUUGGUGGAUAAUGGCUACUCCACACUCUUCAUCGACAUGUUCCUUGUGCCAUUAUUUGCGGUUGUCUCAACAAGCUCUGCGCAAGACGUACGCAACUAUCCCAUCACGGUAGUCAUGGAUUACAUCAACACACUAAUGCUGACGGGGAAGUCUACCCGGCGCAUGACACUCGGCACUAAAACCGCUGGAGACAUGAUAGCGAAGAAUGUCAAAGAGAAACACGUGGGCGUCAAGGUCCAAUAUAUCAAACCGAAUCACGACGAAAACGGAAAACUUUUGAGUGUUGCUAUUCACGCUGACGGAUUACCUGUGGUUGACUUUGACCACGUGAUUAUGGCUACGCAGGCAAAUCAAGCGGUCAAGCUGGUACCGAAUGCACGUGCUGAUCACGUGAAAACGCUGAGUUCGUUUAAAUACGUAUGGAGUGAGAUGGUGGUUCACAGCGAUGAACGCCUGAUGCCUCUUGAUAAAUCAAACUGGACGAUUGGAAACUUCUUUAUCCAACCAAACUGUCCUGAGACAAAGCGACGCAAAGCGAGUCCUCAUUACACACCGAAUGGACAAGAGGAACAACAUGGUGACCUUCAGGGGAUCCAGAUCAAGUCGGGCCUAGACAUCAGGGACUUUAAUAAGGAUGGGCUGUGUGACUGUUCUCCAGGAGGGGCCAUCAUGUGCACUGUGUGGCAAAACAUCUCGCAGCCUCUUAAAAUGGAUAAAUGUGGAGAUGGGUUCCCUGUGUUUCAAACUUGGAACCCCUGGGUGCAGCCUCGGCAAGACAAGAUUCUGCCCAAUGGAUAUCAUUACUUUGAGCGGCCCGUGGUCACGGUGGAGACAGAGAAAGCACUAGAAAACCUGAAGGCCAUCCAAGGUCAAGACAACGUCUGGUAUAUUGGCGCAUACUCCCUACCAGGAGUUCCGCUUCUAGAAAAUGCUGCCAACAGCGGGCUCAUGAUAGCGGAGCGUCUAACAGGACAAAGUCGACCGUGGAAGGUUCAUCCUGUCGGCCAGACAAAGCAGAAUAAGGCAGGAAAGUUAGGCUCUCUGAUUUUACUAGUAUUACUAGGAGUUGUGUUGUGUAGUGUUCUAUACUCAAGAUUAUAAAUGCUGCGCUGUGCUACUAAGUGAGGAAACGAAGCAAUUAAUGAGAAAAGUGUGUCGAGAAAAGUGAUAUCAGGCCAAGAAGAAGGAUAGCACAAAACCUAAUUCAAUAAUAGUCUUAUUCAGUACAUCAUACUUUCGUGAAAACACAAUUUGUAUUCGAUUUGCACUAAGACAAAGGAAGCCUGAUUAUUAAAAUCUCGUGAAUCUCAAA